AUGAUCGUCCAACUGACGACUGAAGCUUGCACCUGGGCAGGACUAGGCCGGAUGGGCGGCGAUAUGAGUGAGGAGCACGCCAGCCUGCUAGAAUAUACCCGAAGCUUAGAGAGCAAACUCGCGGAGUUGGAAAGCCAUGUCCAGCGCAACACCACCCCGGCGUCGGAGCACCAAGUGACAUCGGUAACAGCCGAGCUGUCAACCGAUGUGGCCCUCCUAAGCAUGAAUGCCACGGCCGAACCUUUCUUUGUCGGCGCGACCGCCGGCUUUUCGCUCUCGAGAAUGGUGGAAGGCAUCUUGUCUCAAUCCCCAAUUCCGCCUACAGGGCUUGGGUCAAUCGCAUCCGCGAAUACACAGGCGAGCAAUGAUGUUGGUCUGCCCAUGGACAGCCACAGUAGACCCGAUCCCCAGGUCGAGCGGAAGCUGGUGGACAUUUUCUUUACUCGUGUCCAUCCCCGGUACCCAUUUCUGGAUAAGUUCAGCUUUGACGAGUUUUACCACUUUUACCUAGGAUCUCGGGAUAUCAGGGGAGUUAAUCCAUCUAAGCUUUUCCAGCUUCAUAUGGUGUUCGCAAUCAGUGCCCGCAUUAUGCAGCUUCAUCCGGAAAUGGGUGGAAGCAUCAAUCCAGAGUUCUAUUAUUCGAACGCUACAAGAUACGCUGAUGAGGCGCUGCAGGUUCCUGGACUAGAGAAGAUUCAAUCUUUACUCCUCCUAGCGCUAUACAUCCUUCGUACUCCGGGUAGUAUUUCUAAUUUAGGCGGUUGGCACAUCAUCGGAUUCGCGGUUCGAUAUGCAGUGGAAUUGGGAAUACACCGUAACAUCACUUGUGGUGGGCCACGAGCACAGGAUCCCUAUCGCAUUGAGAUUCGCCGACGAGUCUUUUGGAGCGCUUAUGUCCUUGACCGUGCGGUAUCCUUGACUCUGGGACGCCCGUUUGCACUGUCGGAAAGUGAUAUUGAUGUUGAUUUACCUGUUGCUCUGGAACAAAGACCUGUCAACGGAAAGGAAACUCAAUAUAAGCAGCCCUCUGUGGCACUUGCUGAAACAAAAACCUCGAAUCUGUCCUCCUUCGUUCACUUAUGCCGACUUAGACGAUUGGAAAGCAGGAUAAAACAGGAGCUUUACAGCGCUAGCGCCCCGACCAUGACGCAGAAUUACUCUUAUGAUGCGACAAUCGACGCUUUACGACAGGAGCUUGUCGAGUGGUUGAAUAAUAUACCCUUUAAGGCCACUGCGGACGGCCCGCCACAGGAAAGCUACUCGCUCUAUGACACCCCGGAGUUCUUCCGCAUACAGUACAGCAAGGCCUUGCGCAUGCUUCUACAGCAGCGGAUUACCCAUGUCUCCGCUGAGGGAAACUCUUCCAAGGAUAAAGAAUACCUAGCAUUGAGUGCUCGAGCCGCGGGAGACAUCUGCCAGUACUAUCGUACGCUACACCAAAGAAAGCCUUUAGGGUGGAACUUCCUCGCUCUGCAUUCCAUCUUCACAGCAGGUCUCACAUUGCUAUACUGUGUCUGGGCAGAGAGGGAGCAUGCAGACCUAGCUCGAUUUGAGGACAUUCGCUCAUGCUCUAACGUUCUCUUUGCUAUAUCCGAAAGAUGGCCGACCGCCACGAAGUUUCGUGACAUUUUUGAGGUCCUCGCGAAACGGAUGAUAGACCUAGUGUCUAUGACCUCUAUCCCUCACGGUAGUUUGGACGGCACAUCUGUUCCGACGGAAGCCAGGAUUUCGCCUGCUGGGGCUUUACAAGACUCGGCAGGGUUUCCGGCAAUGAAUCAAGACGACUUCUGGGCCAUGCUUGAUGACUGGUGGAUGACGACUAUAUCCGCAAUCAAUUUCAAUUGA